AUGUGGCGAACUCUUCGUGCCAGCGAGGACUCAGCAUUUUCUGUUCGUGAACACGCUGGUCAUACAAUGAAGUUUUCUGUGGAAAAUUCUGUAGCUUUUGACAGCAGAGACCGGCCAAUUCUAGCUUCUAAAGGAAUUCUGGCGCGGUUGACGCAGGAGUAUGCUGGGCCAUUUGGUGAUUCUUCGUUUAUAAGGCAUCAGUUGGAUCUACAAGCAGCUGCCCCUCUUCCAUUGGGACUGAUACUGUCAGCAUCAGCUCAGUUAAAAUAUGUGAUAGGUUUGGGAGAUCGAGAAGUUCACUUACUUGACAGAAUUUACCUCGGCGGGCAGCAAGAUGUUCGCGGAUUUGGAUUGAAUACGCUUGGUGUUCGAUCUGAAAACUCGUGUCUAGGAGGCGGAUCAGCUGCUUGUGGUGUGUUACAUGUAUAUCGCCCUUUAUUCCCACCACAGAUGCUCUUUGCUCAUGCUUUUGUGUCAACGGGAAGUGUUGCACCUGUACGAUCUCGAAAUGUUGUGAGAGAUUUGCAAGAUUCGCAAAGAGUCUCUAUUGGACUAGGGGUGGCAUUUAUCUUCCGCAACAUCUUCCGGCUCGAAGUUAACUAUGUAGCACCCAUCAAGCAUUGCGUUGGAGACGCGCAAUCAACUGGGCUACACAUUGGUUGCGGCGUAAACUUCUUAUAG